GUCUGGUUAGCUAUCUACAGCGGAGAGUCGGAUCAGCUUGUCAAUUGACCGCGCCAUGGCCUUCUCGGCUUUCUCAUGGCCGUUUCGCCGCCGGGGGAGCGGCAGCGGGGGUGGCGGCGGUGCAAGCAAGCCCGUCGCCGCCGCGGCCGAGGAGUGCGAGGAGCUGGGCGUGACCCCGCAGCUCCUGGACUUCCUCCGGACGCUCUCCCCCGACGCCUUCAAGGCCGCCGCCCUCCAGCUCCAAGGAGGCUAUGCGGAGGCGACCGCCGGCGACCUCACGAGCUGGCAGGAGCGGCAUGCCGUGCUCGUGCUAUCCAAAGCCAAGGAACUCGCCAAGAUUCGGUACGAUCUGUGCCCUCGCCACAUGAAGGAUAAGCAGUUCUGGAGGAUAUACUUCCUGCUUGCCAAGAGCUAUAUCUCACCGUACGAGCUACGUGCCAUACAGAAAGAAAAGAUAAGAAGGAUGGAGACGGGAAAUGGCAAGUCAAAAGAAGUUAUUACUGUUGAAGUGGAGAUGCAAGAAUCAAAAGGCAGUCGAGGCUCUCAACCAUCAGAAUUUGAUUUAGAAUCCCAAUCUUAGCUUCACAUUCAUAGCUUCUAACAGGAUUUAACCUAGGUAAUGCAACUAUGCAAAUGGUAGUCCUUUCAUGAUUCCUUCACAGAUCAAUAGCUCACAUGUCCAGUUGCAAUGUCUGGUAAGGUGUGCAAAAAGUGUUCCACAAGUUCACCAGAUGAUGCAUGUUUUUGUAACUGCUCCCGCUGGGUUGGAAGUCUACUGAUUGUGCUUUUUGUAUACUGAUAGUAGUUCUUUUGGGCAUCAUCUAGCAUAUGCUCGUUGGCUGUGCUCUGAGCCACUGACAUGUAACUUGAUGGUAUCUUAAGUGUGAUCUUGAUGCGAUGACAUGAAUAUGUUUCGUACUAAUAACUUGCUUGUGCCAAUGAGAUAUUUUUCUGCGCGUGUUGGAUUUCA